AUGUCGGGCGAGUGGCUGCGGCGCUGGCGGAGGGGCGGCCCCGCGGAGCGCCCCGGUGGAGCCCCGGCACCGGGGCCGGGCCCGCCGCCCCCCGCCCUGCGCUACCGCCGGCCCAAGUUCCUGCCCGGCGGCGGCGAGGAGGCCCCGCGGGGCGGGCGGGCCGUGAGGGGAGCCGGGCCCGAGCGGCCGCUGCCCUGGGGCGCGGGAUAUGCCGAGGUUAUCAAUGCUGAGAAGUCAGAGUUCAAUGAGGACCAGGCAGCCUGCUGUCAGAUCUCUGUCCGGAGGAGAGAGCCAGGCCUGGAGGAGGAUGAGGAAUGGCUGAUCCUGUGCUCCACGCAGUUUCUGACUGGUCACUACUGGGCGCUGUUUGAUGGCCACGGUGGCCCAGACGCUGCCAUCAUCGCCUCCAACUAUUUGCACUACUGCAUCAAGCAGAAGCUGGAGGAGAUUGUGGGAGGCAUCACCGAGGCCCAGCCUCCCAUGCACCUCAGUGGACGCUGUGUUUGUGACAGUGACCCCCAGUUUGUGGAGGAGAAGCACAUCCACGCAGCAGACUUGGUGGUGGGAGCCCUGGAGAAUGCCUUCCAGGAAUGUGAUGAAGUCAUUGGCCAGGAGAUGGAAGCUACGAACCAGACAGGAGGUUGCACUGCUCUGGCUGCCCUUUAUUUCCAGGGAAAGCUGUAUGUGGCCAAUGCUGGGGACAGCAGGGCAGUUCUUGUCCUGAAGGACAACAUUGUGCCCAUGAGCAGCGAGUUCACCCCCGAGUCAGAGAGGCAGCGAAUCCAGCACUUGGCUUUCCUUUUCCCCAAGCUUCUGGAUGGUGAAUUCACCCGCUUUGAGUUUCCACGGAGGCUGAAGGGAGAUGAUGUGGGCCAGAAAGUCCUGUACCGGGAUUACUUCAUGGAGGGCUGGGGGUACAAGACGGUGGAGAAAGCUGAUCUCAAAUAUCCUCUUGUCCAUGGUCACGGGAAACAGGCUCGCUUGCUGGGGACUCUGGCUGUCUCUCGAGGCCUGGGGGAUCAUCAACUCAAGGUCAUCGACACCAACAUUGAAGUCAAACCUUUCCUCUCCUGCAUUCCUAAGGUGAGCGUAUUUGACUUUGCUCUGCACGACAUUAAGGAAGACGAUGUCCUCAUCAUGGCAACUGAUGGCCUUUGGGAUGUCCUGUGCAACGACGAGGUGGCCCAUGUGGUCAGGAGCUUCCUUGCAGAAAACAGGACAGAUCCUCAAAGGUUUUCAGAACUGGCCAAGCGCUUGGUAUGCAGAGCAAGGGGAAAGAAGAGAGGCCACCAGUGGAUGCUGGAUGACAGCCACGAGGCAUCCUAUGAUGACAUCUCUGUAUUUGUCAUCCCCCUGCACAACAGGGAAGAGGACUGACUGUCAGGAUGACACACAGCAUCCCUGUGUUCCCUUACUGAGGUGCCAUUCAGCAUCAGCCUCAGACUGAGGAUUUCUGCUGCACACUUGUUCGCUCUCUUCCAGCAAAACCAUUUGCAGUGGAACCUGAAAUGCACAGCCUUGGCACAGGAUGAACAAGAUUAGCUCCUUAACAACAUGCAGGAGAAGCACAGUGGGCAACACCCUUUCUCAUUGUUGGACCAAGGAGAACUUGCAAAAGGGGCCACACAAGCCAAAGGGCACUUUUCCUAAGAUCUUUGCGGUACAGUGACACUCAAAUCCAUAUUUCUACUGAUCCCUCUCCCUUUUAAAUAUUGAACAAUAAGGAUCAAUUGAGAUCCAGCCAGUCUGAAGAGCUGGCUUUUAAUCAGACUUGAACUAAGCUGAACUGGAUGCAUAAGCUAAAGCAUCUCUCAUAUCCGUUUGCUGUAACAUGAGAUGUGCUGAAAACCUGGGACCUGCUGCCAAGCACAGCUGUGCCUGUGGCAUUGGAAUGCUGGAGCAGUAGCCCAGACCUCUUAAGACAUUUGCCAUUUGUAGGCAGCACCACCUCAAACCCAGAUGUAGCCAGGUGAAGCUUCACCCUGGUGUACAGAAGCGUCCUGUGCAACAAUAUGUGCCUUACUCUUAUUUAAGAACACUGAAGUGUAUUAAUAACAUGGUGUACAGAUUUCUAACAAAUCUUAAUCCACACUUGCUGAUGCUUUCUCUAUUCAGGUAAUUUCUGACAGCAAAGCAGGUUUUGUAGCAGCAGCACUGAUGAGAACCAAGGUGUUUUAGUGCAUCAGCUGAUUCAGUAGAAGAGCUCCAAGUAAAAUAAAACCGGUUUGUUGCAAUUUGUCUGCAGUGCUGAAUCUCAAGCACUUACUCCAGCAGAAACACGGUGCAGUAGACAUGCCAGAGUUGUCUUAAACUCUGAGGAUCUGCUUCCCAACCUGUUUAUUAGCCAAGCAAAUUCAGGUCUGGACAAGCUUCCCAUCUCCCCGAGUCCCCAAUUUGGUUUUCAUUAUUCAUUACACAGAUUCCAGGAUUCCAGAGAAGCAGCCAAACCCCAGUGUGUGUUUAAGUUCUGCAAGGAUGGAAGUCCAAAUAAAAGUACUUUUAUUUUUUUCCCAUGCAUCUUACUGUGGUGUUAUUCGUGAGGGAAUAACUGGGGAUUUUACACAGACCUGGGCUGGAGGAAACCAGCCUCUGAAAAUCACUGGGGAGUUUUUGCUUUUAAUGCAUCUUUGCAUGUCAUCAGAAUAAAGAAACAUUUCUCUCCAGCUUCACUUUCCCCCCCAUCCUCUUGAGUUUGACCUGAAAACAAUGCACAUGAGGAUUCACCCAUGGUGAUACUGCUACUGUCCCUUCAGUAGCUGUAACACAUUUAUAUGCAUUAACUGUAAUGAUCCGAGAUUCCUGUUACCCAAAUGCAGUAAGUUAUUUUCUCACCUUCUUGCUGAGAAAGAGCUCAGCUCCUCCAUCCAGACCACAGGGUGCUGUGAACACUUCAGCUAGGGUACAAUAGCUCCAUAAAGCAGCUGUCACAAGGCUUCUCUAUUGUGAUACUAUCAGAGGCAAAAAUAACCCUCUUAAAAUGGGCAAUUUAUGGAGGGGUAACUGCAAAGAAUCACCAUUUCCACUACAGAAUUUCUGACUCUACAAAAUAAAGGGAGAUUUAAAAAAAUGGAUGAGUUCAACAUUCCCCCUCUAAGAAACCAGCAAGUUGUAUCACACUGGACAAAUGGAGAAUUCACAGCACUCAAGUGGUCUCUCUACAAAAUAUUUAUUGGUCACAGCCACAACAUUGAAUUCUCCACAUAUGUAGUAUUUUGCGACAAAGCAUAAUUUGACUUUAUGUAUUUACACUCACUGGCAGAUACCACUGAAGAGUCCAACUCCCUAUAGCAGCUCACGACCACAGAGACCAGUUUCUGAAAGGCUCACCAGGUUCCUGCCCCUGACCCAAAACCAAGGUGAAGUCUCUUAAAGUGCGAAUACAGCCAAGAGGCAUUGAAAAAGAUACCCUGCUGCUUCCAAAUUUAUCAGUUGCUCCUGCACCCUCUAAAGCAAGGAUUGGAGCAUGAAUCCAGGACCUGGGAGCUUCAAUAAAUAAAACUCUUUCAAGACUGACUUGGGAGAAUUACACCUGAAAUCUACAGCCCAGGCAGAUGGGCUCAGCCACCACACUGCUUACUUAGAGGUGGGUUCUUGAGUCUCAUUUCCCCCUUGUUUUGAAAAAAGGUCUUUAUUUCAUCCCAAAGAACAUGGGGAGAUUUACAUGUUAGAUUUGGAGGGGGAAUGCUGUUUACUGCUUGGCCACUCUGUGAGACCUGGGAAGGCUGUUUUUCAUCAGAUCUGCUUCUCAUUAGCUGGUGGCCCUAAAGAACACAGGAAUUGCAGCCCUGAGACUCCUAGAGAAGCACACAGAAGCUGAACG